CCGUGUUGUUUGUAGCGCACCGGAUGAACUUGAGAAGCUGAACGGGAAACGAUUUCUAUGAUUAUCUUGAACGCUUCCUGCUAACAGAAAAUGAAACAGUGUGGGUCGUUUUUUAUGACGCUAUUUAUUGAUUUUUAUUCGAUCACGAAUUGAUGUGAUGGAAUAGUGAAGUAAGUGUGCCGUUUUUCAGCCUAGAUCAGCGAUUGCGCUAACAGUAGAACAACGUUGUUUCUACAGUAUUUUUAAACAUGGCUGAACCAAGCGGCAAAAGAUUAAAGAUCAAUCUGCCUAUCUGUAAAACUCACCGAUCAUGUGUCGGAAGCAGAGUUAAACAGAAUCUCUCACCGGUGGUUGAGGAGUGUUUGUGCGGAGUUUCAACAUUUCUUAUGGAGGUCGCUUACAAACUUAAUGCACUGGCCAAGAUAUUUGAGCAAGAUGACAUUGCCUUGACAAGAGUCGCAGCGUUCUUCCAUGAGCAAUCUGAGAAGGAGCAGGCACAGGCAGAGGCCAUGCUAGACUACCUGUCAGACAGAGGGGGACAUUUCUGCAAUAAAGACAUCCAAAGGCCAGGCUGUGAGGACGUAUGUGCAGUGAUCCCAGCCUUGGAGCGGAUCUUGGGCCAGUGGAAGGAGGAGAUGGCCGUGAUGGUGGAGCUCAUCCAGCUCGCCAAGGAGCACAGUGACCCCCACUCCGCCAGCGUGGUCAAGAGCCGCUUCCUUGGGCCUCUGGUGCCCCGCAUCAAACUUCUGGGAGACCUCCUGACCAAUGCUCGUAGGGUGGGCUGUACCAGCGACCAAUCAGGUGGCUUCGGGGAGUACCUCAUCGACCAAAUGCAGAAGGAGCUGACAAACGUCUCCAGUGAAUGAAUUUAACCCCUCCUCAGCUAUUUGAGUUUAUUUUAAAGUAAAACAACUUUCUACACAACUUUUAGCCUCCCUAACAAAAUAAUUUCUGAACUGAAUGAAUAACGGGCAUAGUUUGGCAGGAAUGGCAGACAGUAUUACAACUGUUCUCGGAUGUAAACUACAUUGUGAGCUAUAGUGUUUCUUACAAGUCUGAAAAAUUGUAACUCAGCACAGUCAUUUUUAUGGAUGUUUGGUGGGACAAUUGCAUUGUUUGGUUGGUUUGUUAUGGGUUUAGUUGUUUUUUUAUGUAUUCAGUUUGUAAAUUUACUUGUGUUAUGCACUAGGCAUUUAUGCCCGUUGUCUGAUGUAUUUAAUAAGCAAAUUUGAAUCUUGCUAUCAUCAGUGUGAUGGCAACUUAAAAUGAUGUAUUAUCCUACAGUAUGCUAUGUUAUAGGACUUAUUGUUACUGUUAAUAUAGUAUGUAUUAUGUACAUGUCUGCCUAUUUUUGGAAUGGCCUCAUCUGUAUACUUUUCUGUGUUUAGGUUUCCACAUGACCUGUUGCAUUUACUUGCUAUUUUUAAAGGUAGCUCAUCAAUGCUACAAAAAUGUCUUCCUUUUUAAAAU